GGGACUUUAGUAAAUUAAAUAUGACAAGGAUUUUAGUUUGUCACAAGCCUUUUUGUGGAUUGCAGUUUGCUUGAGAUGUGGAUUAAGGAUAUUUAUGUUGCAGGAUAGAGCAUGAUGUUUAUUCAACUCGAUGAGCAAAAGAAUACUUCACUUUGCUUGUUGGGAAGCCAAAUGAAAGAUGCUCAUGGUAAUAAAGUUUGCUUCACGGUGGUGUAGAUAUCAAAACUAGUUUGAUUCACUACCAUUCUCUCCAACCAUUCCAUAAACUCAUUCACUAGCAAAGAAAAUAAGAGGUUGAAGAAAUUAUGUUGGUGUUCUUGGAAUUGAAGCAUCUCUUGCUGGAGGUGCUACCAUCGCCUACCAUGGUGGCACAAGGCCGCUUGCUGUGUAUCCAAAAUCACUUGGCCAUGGUUUGUGAUAGCCUUUGGGCUAUCAAUUCAAUGAUCGAAAUCCCUGAGAUGGGAGUGCUGUUUAACUAUAUUUGGCAUCAUCGUUUUAAUUCGCCUUUAGAUGUUCCUGUAGAAUUUGCAGAUUGGGUGACAGAUGUGGCUACAGCAGUUAUAGAUGUGGGAGAGUUGCUCAGUCGAAUCAUGGAUUGGGAAGCAAGUUUGCACUUUCGCCAUGUUAUUCUAGUGGAGCUGAAAGAGAUGUUGUGCGACUUGAAUUCUCUUGUGCUGAGAGGAUCUGCAAUGGGUCUUCCAAGGGACCCUAUGGGUUCUAUGAACCCACUCCGAGAAGACUACUCAAUUGUCUUACAAAAUGAGGUGGUGGGCAGACAUGAAGAUCUAGAGAAACUCAUUGAAAUCUUUCAACAACAACAACAACAACUAGUACCAUCUAACAACAAUGGCGAUGAUUACAACCCCUUUGUUAUUGUCAUAGAUGGCGAAGAAAGGGUUGGGAAGACGACCUUGGCACAUAUGAUCUACCACCACACUUGGGUGCGCCAACAAUUUCAUCAUCGCAUUUGGGUGGAUCUACCACCCAGUGUUUCGACACUCGAGAUGAUUAAGAUUAUCGGAAAAGAAUUUGCAGAGUCCAUAAACAAUGAAGAACACUGUGAUCAGAAAUUACACCUAGAGCUGCCGUUACAAGCUAUGUGGAAAUAUAUUAGUGAACAACUCGAUGGGAGUAGAUACUUGUUGGUGCUUCAUUGUCUAGAUUUGAAUAGUUUGAUAUUGCAACCAGAAUGGAGUGAGUUGAAGAACAUCCUGUUGCGUGUGGGCGGGCCGGGAAGUGCAAUCUUAGUCAUCCUCAAAUCAUCUACACAAUCAGUGAGUGAUAUGAGUUUUCAAAAUAGGGUGAAGGAUAUUACAACAUACUGCUUGAAACCCUUAUCUGAUGAUGCAUGGCUAGAAUUAUUCAAGAGACAUGCAGCAAUGACAAUCCCCCUAUCAAAGCGGGACAUAGUAUUCAAGGGCAGUACAUUUGCUAUGCCACUCUUCCAAUUGGUUGGUCAAACUUUUGGGGCAAAGUUUUGGGGAUCGUUAGGCCAUAGUAUUCAAGUAGAAGAUCUCUUUCCUUGUGAAAUAAAAGACAUUCAUAUGGUUAGAAAUUUUCCAUUUGCCAUUGUACGAUUUCUCCAAUACCAUUAUCUACUUGAUAAGGAUUAUAAUGUCAUCUUACACAUGUUGACCGCUGAAGGCCUCAUACCAGUUGAAGGCCUCUCUCCAGGUUGGACUGAGAUCUAUGAGAGAUUUCGUUAUGGAAGAGAAUCAACAUUCUGUUUUCCAAGGAAGCUAUAUUUGCAUAGGAAGGUUCCAGGAGAUUCAACUACUAUUCCAAGGUGCUGUCGCUAUUUGCGUUUGGAAAUUAAUCCUAGAGUGAUACCAUUUCGACUGCCGACCAUGCCAGUUGAGGUGAGCAAGAAGAUGAUAGCAUUGAUUUUACGAGAAGAUGAGGCAACGACACGAGCAUUUCAAGUAUACAAAAAAAGGCUAAUGAAACCAGCAACUACAAUAUCACUUCAAGUAUACAAAAAAAGGCGAACCAAAGCAGCAACUGCAAUAUCGAAGUUCCUCGACAAGAUGUCGGUAAGACUCGUACAUUUGCAUAUAUUAGUUGUAGAAACUAGUAUGAUCCAAAGCCUACCAAAUGAAAUUAGCAAAUUGGUUAGCUUGAGAUACCUCCAUCUUUCAAAGCUUGAGAUAGAAUUACUUCCGAAAUCACUUUUUGACCUACCUAAUUUACGAAUUUUAAGUUUGCUUCAUUGCAAAAAUCUUCAAAAGAUACCUGAACGAAUCCAUAAGCUUAAGAAGUUGCAGAUUUUAAAACUAGCUUAUUGCACAAAGCUUCAGCAGUUACCAAGAUCUAUAACAAGACUCAAAAACUUGGAAGAGCUUAAUGUGGAAGGUUGUUGUUUUUUGAGGAAGCUACCCGAGGAUUUGGUCAGUUUUAAAUUACUGAGAAUUCUCAACGUCGCAGGAUGUGCAUCUUUGUCUCAUAUUCCCCAUGGGAUCGAGCAAUCAAUUGGCCUUCGUAAGUUGUCAGGAAUAUUUGUUGGUGUCAAUGAAGGUUUUGAGCUCACACAGUUGCAAGCUUUAACAAAUCUUCAUGAAUUAAGAUUACGAAACAUAGAACGAACAGAGGAGACUCAAACUGAAGUGCUGAUGGGCCAACAAAGUCUUUGGGACUUGUCAUUACAUUGGGGUGGUGAAGAAAAAAAAGAAAGUUCUGAAUCAACUACAUCACUGCAGGUACUCGAAGCUCUUCGACCCAGCUUGCAGCUAAAAAGGCUAGAGAUCAUUUCUUAUAAGGGAGUGGAAUUUCCUACUUGGAUGAGUAAACAACAACUUGCUGGUUUCAAUUCUUUAGUUGAGGUCAGACUCAUCAAUCUCAAGAGGUGUGCUACGUUACCAUCACUUGGUCAACUUGCUAAUCUUGAGAAACUUGAAAUAAGUGGCAUGGAUUUAAUAACACACUUAGAUGAUACAUUCUAUGGUGAUGACGGCAUAUUUCCUAUGUUAACAGAACUCACUUUCUCAGAAAUGCUUGCACUAGAGAAAUGGUAUGUGCCGAAAAAAAAAAUAUUCUAUAUUUUUCACGCCUUAUGCAAUUGUCAUUAAUUCAGUGCCCAAAACUCAAGGAAAUAAAUCUAUUUGCCUAUGGUACAAUUAGAAUUUGGUUGAACAACGAGACAAUAUGGUCUGUUAGAUUUUGCAGUUGGGACAACCUUCGAAACCUUUACAUAAUAGAGAUAGUCGGGUGCCAAGAGCUAAGGUGUCUGCCACAGGGUAUGCAAAGGUUGAAGCGUCUAUAUAAGAUGAUAAUUAACAGCUGUAACAAUUUGACGACUUUAGUAGCAUUGGAUUCACUUGAAGAAUUGAACAUAUAUGCUUGCCCAGUGCUAGCAUUCAACCUAGCAGCAUUUACAAAACUCAGGACGCUUACAAUUAAAGGUUGCCCAAAGAUGGAAAUUUAUCUCGAUGCCUGGAAGAAAAAAGAUGAGGAACGAUGGUGGAAAAACAGAAGAAGAUAGAAGAGAGAAGAAGAAUGCAAGUAGUUUUCUUCACCAAAAUGAAUGAUUCACUGGGCAUGUUGCAAGCAACAGCCGAUCGACUUAGAGCGGUGGCAUAAGAAGAAUAGAAGAUCCUAAUUGACGUUGAUCUGUUUGUUGGAAACAUAUCUUCUUAGUGUAUUUUAAUUUGGUUAAUCA